AAAAAAAGUGUCUGUGAUGGUUCCUACAGUCCCUAAACAAAGUGUUCGGGAAAAGGUGAGACAUCUGACUAAGCAGAAUCAACAACAUUUUUGGCUACUGGUGACUGCACAAUGACACACAGUAUCCCUGUACACCACAACUACGACCAUCAUUAUCAUCUUCACUAUCAUCACCACCACCAUCAUCAUAAUCAUCAUCUUCGCUGUCUGUCCAUCCAUCCAUACUGCUCUCACGCUCAUCGAUAAUGCCACUAGCUACAACACCAAAGCCCCCGGGCUAUACAGCCAAGGCAGCAAAUAAAACAAACAUAACACAUAAUUAUUUUUAUCUUUUUUUUUCUGCUUCAAAUUGAAUACCCUCACUUUCGCAAGGCGUACUCACACAUUUCAAUUCCUCCACACGCUUUAUAAUUUCCACUGCGGUCCAGCGAGAGGAUCCAAUCCAACCAUUCACGGGCUAUUAUGACAACAAUUCAUACUGAACUUGUGAACUAUUGGGGGGAUGAGCCAAUAUUUACAGUAAAAAAAAUACCUCACUCACUAACUCCUCGCAUUCUAAUCAUUGACUCUGGGAAGGGCAGCAAGGUGGCCAGUUCUUAACCACUUCCUUCCAAUUAUUGGGAUUUAUUUCGCCCUCUGCCUCUUUAAAACGGACAAAGCGUAUCAAAAGUGCUUUAUCUGUAUCCCAAAUGCAAGAUUUGGGAUCAUUUCUAUCUUUCCCUACUCGCUCUUUGGUCACUUUCCCGUCAUUUCCUCUCGCUUCCCGUUCCUCUGCCUCAUAUUGCCUUCCAUUCCCCCUCCUCCUGUUCCGACAAACCGCGAUACCUUUCCACGAUACACUUCAACCCGGUUAAAAAAAAAAAAUCCUCUGCCUACCCGUCUACUCCUCUUGACAGCUGCUCAAAUGGCAGGCGGUGGUACGAAGGCAUUCAUGCAUGCAGUAUGCGCAGAAACGAAUCCCUCGCGCGGCGCCUUGUCGGUCGCAGCCUGAGGAGAAACGGGAAGAAGAAAAAGCCUCGCCAAACCACUGUCCAAAGGCCACGAGGAUGAGAGUUGAGAGGAGCGAAGCGAGUGAUAUCUAUAUCUUGGGAGAGAGAGAGAUGCAACAACGAACGGUAUGUGAAUGA